GUAAGGGACUUUCUUGGUCCCAGAGCAAUGGUUAUGCCCCAGCGGCUUCUAGCUCUCUUAAGGCAGGGGCCACUUGCAGAGCUGGCCCCAGGACCCAGAGUCUAGGGUUCUGAGGUUGCCCCCUCUGGGUCUCGCAAGUGGCCCGGCUCAAGGCUGCGGCUGUCAUUGCUUCUACAAUCAGUGCAUGUUCCUUGCUGACGUCAGUUGGAGCUGUCCUGGAGCUAUAUAAGGCUGGCGGCAGUCCCGGGACAGACCCCGUGUUCCCCGCGACGCCAGCAGCCCGCCCGAGGGACAGAGUCUGGAGCCUGGUCCUGCAGAGGGCAGACACUCUCCCGCAACCUGGCCGGCGGCACCAUGAAGCAGGGAGGACGCGCAGCGCUGCUGGUGGCGUUGCUGCUCCUGGCACAGCUGCACCCGGGCAGCGGCCAGUGGAGCCCGGAGACGGCGGCAGCCCGGGUCCGGGACCCGAGUCUGCGCUGGAGCCCGGGCGCGCUGAGCCAGGACGGCGGGGCCCGCGCGCUGCUCUUGCUGCUGGCCGAGCGCUUCCCACGCCGCGCGGGGCCCGGCCGGUGGGGUUCCCGGACCGCGGGCGAGCGGCCGAGACGGGACGACCCUCCGCUCUCCAUUGAUCUCACCUUCCACCUGCUGCGGACCCUGCUGGAGCUGGCGCGGACACAGAGCCAGCGGGAGCGCGCCGAGCAGAACCGCAUCAUAUUCGAGUCGGUGGGCAAGUAAUCGGCGGGGUCUGCAGCCACGAGAACCUCGACCCCCGUCCCCCAAACCCG